GCAUAGCGUUCCACUGACAGUUGGGGAUCUGUUUGAGAAAGAACAAACAUAAGCAAGUCAAGAAUUUAUAUUUAAUUUUAGGAGGCCAGAAGAAGCAAAGUUAGAAAAACAUUACAUUACACAACCACUCGUAGAUACAGUCGAAAGUAGUUUAUUCAUUUCGUUUCUGAUAUUUUUGUUGUGUUGUUCGUUUCGUUAAACAUUUUUCUAUAUUCAUACAAUCAUGGAAAAAAAGCCCUUGAACUUUUAUGAAAUGGCCAGCGAUGUGCCCAUUCGCGACGUGAAGCUGGAAAGUGAAAAGUCGAAAGUUGGCGAGCCGGUCAACCUUGCACAAGCUCCAAGCGAUAAGCCACCACCUCAGCGUGCAGUCGAUACGAAUGCGACGGUGGCGGAUGAACUCAAUGCACGUCUGGCCAUGGUCCAACUACGACCUGAUCGGGCCAAACGCAUCAAGCGCCUUGUCAAGUCACAAAUACCGGAGCCACAGCACAUGUACAAAUACUUUUGCAUCUGUCCGCGCUAUCAUCCGUGCUAUGUGCCCUGCCAGCACACCGGACAGAUUAUAAUCGAUCGUGAUAUGCUCAAAAGAGAGGAGCACAUUUGUUACCUGGCCACACCCAAAAAAAAUUUUCUUUCGCCACAACGACUUAGGCAGCCGCGAUACAUAACAAAGAAGAUCUAUGUGCCCAUCUGCACGGCACGCAUGGAGCGUCUGGCCAACCCACAUCCUAUGCGUGUCAAGGACACAUUCAAGCACUUCAAGCACAUCCUUCCGCCGCGCCUUAUAUCGUCGCUGCAGCAGCAAAUGAAACCCAAACCUCCCGUUGAAGCGAUGUCCAUGGAGAAGGCAAUGGAAUAUAUGGAGGAAGAAAUGCGACAACGUCGUGCCCAAAGGCAACAGCACAGAAAACGCUGCAAUGGACUCAAGAAAAUGAUUUUGGAGCGACAACGUAAGCAAAUGAUGAAGAUAGUAUGUGUACUCUUUGAGGAGAUGAAAGAUUUUCUACUCAACGAUCAAUUCAUCAUUGACGAACAAUCUCCCCUUUGUGCUGUGAUCUUAGAGCGCAUUAAGGAAUUUACCGAACAAGAGUUCUAUACAACGAGCAACUUGCGGGAUUAUCAACGCAUUUUGGCCAACAAUCUGACAGUUUGGAUAAACAAGUUCAUAUCGAACUUGAACAUUUACUUGGCACCUCAACAGUUACCUGUGUCACGUACAAUGCAUGCGGACAGAGGCGAACAAUUUGUGCCCAUGUCUGAUUACAUUUCCAUGUCUGAAGAAAUGGCAGAGGAAAUGCAAUAUGAUUACGACUUUGAUAUGACCGAUUAUGAGGAUUACGGUGAGGAUGUCUUCCUGCCUGAGAAUCUGCCCUCCGAGGAGACGUUGAUAAAUUAACUCACCCUUCAAUUGAGGCCAACUUAGCUCCUUAUAGACGUCGUUACUGUGCCAUUUAGCGCUGUGAUUCUUCAAUAUGUCCACCGGCAUGGCCCGAAAGAGAAAAUGUAGAAAAUUCUGUAAAUGUAUAUGAAAUUUUAAGUGUGUUUAGACCCAAAUCAUCAGUAAACUAAUGUCAGACAA